AUGUUGGGGCACUUUUGUGUGGCUUUUUGUGUGGCAUUAUGUUGCCUUCCCAUGAUUUGCUGCUUUUGUCCAUCUCAGUGCAACUGCUUUUACCACAAACUGAGUGACGGAUCUAAGGCAAGGAGUGUCCUGUGCAAUGAUCCAGAGAUUACCCUGAUUCCGACCAACUUCCCCUCGGACACGUCUAAGCUGCGCAUCGAGAAGACAGCAAUCACCAGGAUCUCGAGUGAAACUUUUCAUUACCUCAGCAAUCUGGAGUUUCUCUGGAUGUCCUUCAAUUCUCUGGCCACUCUUAAUGCUGAUAGCUUCCAUGGACUGAGCAACCUUGACGAGCUCAGGCUGGAUGGCAACGUUCUCACCUCAUUUCCGUGGGAAUCUCUGAUGGACAUGCCUAGCCUGCGGCUGCUGGAUUUGCAUAACAACAAGAUCACAUCCAUCCCAGCUGAAGCCGCCAUCUACAUCAAAAACCUUACCUACCUCGACCUGUCCAGCAAUAGCCUAAAAACAGUGCCAAUGGAAGUUCUUGCUAUAUGGCUCCCCAUUAAACCAUCUCAGGAGACUGAGAGCUCUAAAAUGAUCCUAGGUCUCCAUGACAACCCGUGGCUGUGUGACUGCCGGCUCUUUGACUUGGUGCAGUUCCAGAGAUCUCCAUCCUCAUUGGUGGCAUUCAUUGACACCCGGCUGCGCUGUGCAGAGCCUGAAAGUUUGUCUGGAGUCCUGUUUAUUGAUGCUGAGCUGAGGAAGUGCCAGAUUCCGCGUGUCCAUACUGCUGUGGCACGUGUCCGCAGCUCAGUUGGCAACAAUGUCCUGCUCCGCUGUGGAACCAUUGGCGUGCCCAUCCCUGAACUCUCUUGGUCAAGAGCCGAUGGCAAACCUAUGAAUGGAACAGUUCAACAGGAAGUCUCAAAGGAGGGUAUCAUUUGGUCCAUCCUGAGUGUACCAGCAGUGUCCUACAGAGACUCAGGAAAGUAUGUCUGCAAAGCUACUAACUUUGUCGGAACAGCGGAUGCCAUCAUCUCCCUGAUCAUCUCAGAUACCAUGAGACUAGAUGAUGUCUCUAAGAAGAAUCGAGGCAAGAAAAAUGGAGGCUUUGGUAGAGCUGCAUAUCAGGAGAAGCUAAUUGCUAGAUAUUUGCCCCCUACAACCACUUCAGCUGCUGUGCCUAUCAUUGAGCCUCUGAACAGUGGCUUCACAGGGCGAUACCCUAUAAUCGAGAGCUACAGUAUCUCAGACAGCAUCUCAGAUGGUCAGACACCAAGCCCAACUGAACCAGAAAGCACUGACAGCAGCCAGACAGACGAAGUGGAAAAGAGCGUUCUGAGCAAUCUGUCAGCCAACGCCUCCUCCUUGCAAGGUCCUGAAAGGAGGAUAGUGCGAUCUGUGAAGGUAAUUGGCGACACCGAUCAUACUGUUUCCCUGAACUGGCGAGCACCAGCAGCAACGAACACGACUUCUUUCAGUGUACUCUACGCGGUCUUUGGAGAACGCGACAUGCGUCGCAUCAAUGUGGGGCCUGGCAAGAAUCGGAUCACCAUUGACGGCCUGGUGCCAAAGACCAAGUACAUUGCCUGUGUGUGUGUCAAAGGGCUCAUCCCCAAAAAAGAGCAAUGUGUAAUCUUCUCCACAGAUGAAGCAGCCAGUGCCAGUGGAACGCAGAAGCUCAUUAAUGUGGUGGUGAUAACGGUGGCAUGUGUAAUCGCCGUACCCCUUACGUUAAUUGUCUGCUGUGGUGCCCUCAAGAGGCGCCUGCAGAAACUGCUGGGCCGGAAGUCUAAGGACAUACAGGACUCGUAUGUUACUUUUGAAACUCUCUCCCCUGGCACCAAGGCCAAAGGGCUGGAAGGGGAGUACCUGACCCGGCUCAACCAGGAUGAAUCCAACAGGCUCCUCUCUGCUCGAUCCAGUGUGGACUCUGAAGCCACAGCCAGGACAGAGGUACAGCCCAAUGAGUACUUCUGCUGA